AUGGACUGUGUCCACAGGGACACUAUGUACAAAGCUCUGGAUAAGGGGUUGGGGCAGGGUGUGGGGGCGGAGAACGUACCCAAUGCCACCUUCACCCCAAUGGCUGUCUUUGUGUGCGGCUGCAUCAAGCUGUGCAUAGACCCUCAGUUUGGAAUGGCGGUGGUAAAUGGUUCUGUGAACGUUACUGUGGAAUUCCCCUACAUCAGUGUUUGUGGGGCUGAACCACCCCAGAGCUGCAUUUUUGGCCAAGUGAUGAAUGUUGGGUCUUUUCUGGUUAUUUGGGUUUGUGUCAUCAGGUACCAGCAAGUCAUAGACUAUGGAUACCAGUCGGCGCUGAAUAUUGUAAGUCUGGUGGCUGGCUGCUUGUGUGCAAUAGGAGGUUCCUUGGUGGGAAAUUUCCAGACUGUCAACCAAAUUCACGUCCACCUGGUGGGAGCCUUUCUCGCCUUCUAUAUUGGCAAUCUCUACUUCUGGCUGCAAGUGGGACUGACCUACAAGAUCACACCUAGGCACGGAGGCAAGUGGAUCGGGUUGGUUCGGAUAGUCUGCUGUCUCAUAUGCACAGCUUGCCUCAUCCUGUUGCCGAUGCUGCACUUUUGGAAGAGGAGAACGGCCGCAGCCAUUUGCGAGUGGAUAGCUGCCAUGGUCCUGCUCCUUCUCUUUGGGCUCUUUGCUGUGGAUUUCCGGCACAUUGACGGCCAUUGCUUCCACGUCAUUCGGGAAAAGGCCAGGAUCCAGAACUCAACCACCACGCUGGAAUUAUAG